AUGAGAAGCUCAGGCUCUCCUCCGUCUAAACCCUCCGCCUCUGCAAUCCCCAACCUCAACCAUCAAGAGCACCAACCCCCCAAAAGCACAGAAGAAAAGCAAACACAAACCAGCCUCACAAAAACCAAGACUCCUCAACCAAAACCAAAACUCCGCCUCCACAUCCAAGACCUCCGCCACCCAGCCUCAAGCCACUUCCACUACAUCAAGACCAGCCCCCACAGACCCCACUUCACACCCAGCAUUCCCCAGACUCGCUCCGUGACAGUCUUCCUCCGCGAUUAUAGCGGUGUGGCUUAUACAACAGGCACGGAGCUAGACGAUGCACACAAGGAGAUCCAUGUCUCGCUUCCUUAUGUUCAGUAUUGUACAUCGAAAGAUGAUCCGCUUCAUGAGUUAGUUGGUGUUCUUACGCAUGAGUUAGUUCAUUGUUAUCAGCAUACUGCUCCACCAGGUUCGGAUGAUAAGGACGAUGAUGGAGAUGGAGAUGAUGAUGGUGGUAUACCUCGUCCGCCGGGUGGUCUGAUUGAGGGUAUUGCGGAUUUUGUGAGAUUGAAGGCUGGGCUUGAGCCGCCCCAUUGGAAGAAGCCUCAGUCCAAAGAUGAGAGGCCUGAGAAGUGGGAUAUGGGGUAUCAGCACACGGCUUACUUUUUGGCUUGGCUUGAGGACGUGAGGGUUGGGAGGGGGGCUGUUGGGAUGGUUAAUGAUCGGUUGCUUAGGGUUGGAUAUGUUGGUGAGGGGGAUCAAGAAGGGGAUGAGGCUGUGGGUGGGCGUAUUGGGUUUUGGAAGGGUUUGUUUGGGUCUGGGGUUGCGGACUUGUGGGAGGAGUAUGGGCGUUAUUUGGAUGAUCCAGCAUGUGCUGGGAGCAGUAGUGGGAAUUGGGAGGAUGAGAUUAUUAACGCAGAGUGA